AUGGAGCAGUUUGGAAAACAAAUUGAUGCAUUGCAUAAUCAUUCAUCUUUGGAAGAAAGGAUCAUCAGAACGCCGAAGAAGUCAUUAUCGAGAAAUGAGCAGAUGAGAUCAAUACAGAAACUGAAUCCUAUUGUUGUGGAUGGGAUUUUGAGAGUUGGUGGUCGUCUUGAUCGUUCACAUCUGCCAUUGGAAAGUAGAUAUCCAGUAAUUUUGCCGAGUGAUAGUCUUGUUACAAAUUUAGUGAUUGAUUUGUAUCAUGAAAGAGAAGGUCACAGUGGUACUUUGCAUGUUUUAUCUGCAAUUCGUGAGAAAUUUUGGAUCAUCAAGGGACAUGCAACUGUGCGUCGGAGAUUGAGCAAAUGUUUUACUUGUCGCAGAUGGAACUCUAAGGUGGGGGAGCAAGUGAUGGCACCGUUACCAAAAGUUCGAGUGACACCUAGUGAACAUGCUUUUAUGGAAACUGCCUGUGAUUAUUUCGGACCAAUACUGGUGAAGAGAGGCAGGAGUGAGGAGAAAAGAUAUGGGUGUACGAUGUUCAGUUGUAUGGCUACUCGAGCAGUUCAUAUCGAGAUUGCUUAUUCACUGGAUACUUCAUCGUUCAUUAAUGUAUUUCAGAGAUUUAUAAACCGGCUUGGGCGACCAAGAAAGAUGUACAGUGAAAAUGGAACGAAACUUCAUCGGUGCUGA